AUGUCGAGUUUCCUAGAUAAUAACAGAGGUCUCGUCGACUUUGACCAGAAAAGUCUUGCUAUUGCGGCAGCAUCCAUUGCCUUUAACCCUAUAUUCUGGAAUACCGUUGCUCGUCAAGGUAAAUUUACAAUUAUCCCACUUACUACCCAAAGCACCCAUUGA